UUCUGGAGGAGGCGAAGGAAAUGAAGUGGCCCUUUGUGCCGGAGAAGUGGCAGUAUAAACGAGAUGUGGGCCCAGAGGACAAAACAAACCUGCAGGAUAUGAUCAGCGCCAGGCUCCCCGAUCUGCUGAUUUGAAACUUCCGACUCAAUUACAAAUGAAGACUAAAAUAGGCUGAGGCGAAUGGCUAUAAGAACACACAGGAAUCAGGAGUGCCGGCAAAACUGUGGCCGUACUCUGAGAAUGGUCUCGAACCUCGCUGCUUGCAGAGGUUUCUGCAAAGGGGACCUUCCUGAGCCUGCAGGCUGCGUGUGGGACCCUCGGUUUAUAAAGAGGGCAGAGAGAGUGGAUUAAAUCAAUAUUUCAUUUAUUUGGGCUUGUAAUUCCUCUUACAUCAGCUGCCGCAUAAAGAUCUCUGCAACUCCCUACCCCUCCUCCCCGCCCUCAUUUACUAUGCACCAAUAAUUUCCCUUUGACGCGAUCCUGCCAGCUCCGGUGCCAGAUGGCCCCCGCUCUGAGCUGCUCCCUCUCUCGGGAGCGGGCCCCAUUGUCAAGGCGAAGGAGGCAUCAAGGCUUUGAACCCGGUGCUGGGACCCAAACUUCAGCCCCGGUGCGAGAAGGAGCUACCCCGCUAAUGCAGGGAACCAUGCGCACAGCACACCCUCCCACUCAGCGCCAUUAAGCACAAGCCCUUCGCUGAUGGCUGUUUUGCAUUUUCCCCCACCGUCCGUGUAUAGAAAUCUCGUGCAGAUUUAAUUUGGACACCACCUGAUUCCACUUCCCAGGCGUGAGGUUCCCUUUGUGUCCCAAACUCAAUUAGACAUAUGCAUGGGGCAUCGCGGACACAGAUGUGAAAACAAAGUGCGCACGUACCUCGCUCUGUCUUUUCUCUUUCUCCCUGUCCACACAGAUGCACAUGAGGCCAGAAAUAAGGCAAGUGGACCUGCUAGCCUUACCCCGGCUUGCUCCAAAAAGCGAUGAGCCCAGUGGGCUGCUGGUGGUGCUCUGCCAGGCUGCUGCCUCUCAGGCAUCUCAUCUGGCAUGGUGAGGGGAGCGCACCAUGUGCCAGCAGGACAUAUUCGGGAGUCGCUGAAGAAUUUUGGAGCGGUGGGUGGAAGGUUUAUUUGAAGGCCUCCAUCAUGGCCAAGGACUGUGUGACUGCGGCUGCUGUUGUGUUCCUGAUCGACCGGUUCCUGUACUGGAUUGAUGCCUCAAGCAAGCUCCUGAAGAUCGCCAAGGGCCUGCACAAGCUGCAGCCCACCACGCCGAUCGGUCCUCAGGUGGUCAUCCGCCAGGCUCGCCUUGCCGUCAAUGCAGGUAAACUCUUAAAAGCUGAAUAUAUCCUAAGCAGCCUUAUUAAUGACAAUGGAGCAACAGGUACUUGGCAAUAUGCUAAUGAAAGUGAUAGGAUCCUUGUUCAGUCGGUCUGCUUACAAAUCAGAGGACAGAUUCUGCAAAAGCUUGGGAUGUGGUAUGAGGCAGCAGAGUUGAUUUGGGCUUCAGUUGUAGGAUAUUUCAAACUUCCUCUACCAGAUAAAAAGGGAAUUGCUACCUCCUUGGGUAUUAUAGCUGAUAUCUUUUCUUCCAUGAGUGAGAAGGAUUAUAUACGUUUUAAAACCAAUGCUGAGAUUGACCUGAGCCUUCUCCGGGAGUUCAGCCAUCGCUUACUAUCAGCUGCUGAAGCCUGCAAACUGGCGGCAGCCUACAGCCAGUAUACCCCACUGUUUGUGCUCACAGCAGUGAACAUCCGUGGGGUAUGUUUGCUGUCCUAUAGUCACUCCAAGGACUGUCCGCCCAAAAGGAGAAAGUUCUACUUGUCCGAAGCCAAAGAAACCUUCGAGAUCGGCCUCCUCACCAAGAACGAAAACAGUCCUGUCACCAGCAAGCAGGAGCUCCAUAGCUUUAUUAAAGCUGCUUUCUGCCUCACAACUGUGCAUCGAUGGCUCUAUGGGGACAGUGAGAAGCUCCAUGAGGUGGGUCAGCUCUGUAGGGAAGCCAUGGGAAAACUGCACGCGUACAGCACUUCGCUUGCAGAAGAGGAAGAGAAAGGAGUGCUUGCCAAGGAGAUCAUGUCUCUGAUCACGUCCGUUAAGAAGCACUUGCAAGUGGAAAGCUUUCCUAAUUCUGAUGCCAGGUCUUACAUUCCAGACAGUUACAAAAGCGCAGUGCAAAAACCUAUCCUGCAAGGGGAGGCCAACUUUGAGAAGAUCCUUGCCAAGCAUUCUCAGCAUCAUCUGUCAGUGUGUGAAGUGUUUAAAAAUACUUGCAGGAUUCAUAAAACCACACCAGGAGAAACGCACACGGGAGCUUGUGUCACAACCUUAAAAACAGAAACCAAAAACAUAGACACUGUGUGCACCACUGAAGAAGCAGCGUACCAGAGGAAAGGUGCUGGCAAAAUGGCCAAUACACAAAAAGCAGAAAGUAGCUCAGAGAGACUCAGUGGCCAAACAAGAAACAAACACAUCACUUCUGAUGUGAUCAAUAUUUCCUUUGAAGAAGAGACUGAACCAUUUGAAAUAGUAAUAAAUGAUGGAAACAGUGCUUUUGGCAGAUGGCAAAACAGGAGUCAAACCACCACUUCAGAGAACUCAUGGUGCAAGCUGUUGCUGUCAAGUUACUCCUCCAGCUGGGAGGAACUGAGCUGUAAUAGCAGCCAGGAGCCUCCCAGGGAAGGGCAGCAGCAGCAGCAGAAGGGCUCAGCAGAGGAGCAGUGUUGCACAACAGAAUCUGCCGAAUACGACCAAGUAGCUCACCUGCACUCACUGCCUCCAAGAGCCCAUCAGCCUUCUCCUCGAGAGCUCCCGCGUGGCUCAGUGGGGUCUCCUCACGCUCCCCCGGCCAGAAAGCCCAGGCAGGGUGGCUGCAGUACCAUGGACAGCAGGCUCAUACCAAGGCAGGCACCCAAAUCCCACUUGGCCUGGGUGCAGCCGGCGGGAGGAACCAGGGGCAGAAGUGAGGGUCCCUCGUCUGACCACAGCCCCGCCACAAAUGGGGUGGUUGAUGCAGAGUCUACAGGCACUGAGCCAGAAAUGGCCAGCGAGGCCCCUGUGGGUAACUGGUUGGGGAAAUCUCCAGCCGUGGCCGGGAACAGGUCUCACAAAAUGGUUGAUGUUGACCCCCAGGCAGAAACGAUAGAUGACACUGAAUUUGAUUUCAUCAGUAUUGGAGACUUGGUAAACAAUUAUCCCACAGCGACUGGUCCAGAGCAUCAGCCAGCUCCGGGUGCACCAACAGCUUUACCCUCAGGGGGAAAGAUGUCCAAAGUCAACUACUUUGACUGUGCUACUACUGAAGAAGAAGAAGAAAAGCCUCAGGACAGGGUGAGCAGCCAGAGGCCAUCCAGUUCAUCUCUAAGUCCAUGGCACAACUCAACUCAGAAGCCCAAGUGUUCCCCUGAAGGUCCAUUUCUGAAUCCAAGGGGAAAUGGUCUUGCCUUUACACCUGGGAGAACAAAGGAAGAAAUCCUUGAUGCUCGAAUUCUGAGGGAUGAUGACUAUGUGCAGCUUCUGGCAGGAGUAGAGCAUAACUGGCUUGUCCAGAGACUGAGGCCUACUGGAAUUUUUAAGCCUAAACAGCUUCAUAAAGCAUACUCAGCUCUUCUUUUGAAAUACUCAAAGAAAUCAGGCCUCUGGACAGGCCAGGAAACAGCUGUAUUCAUUGGGGACUACCUGAACGUGGCAAAGGAAGGCAAACAGAGAAAUGCAUUUUGGAUACACUUCCUGCACCAAGAAGAAAGCCUGGGAAGGUAUGUUGGGAAAGAAUAUAAAGAAGAAAAGGGGCUUCUUCAUCAUUUCAGUGACGUGGAACGACAAAUGACUGCUCAGUACUACGUGACGGAAUUCAACAAAAGGCUCUAUGAGCAAAAGGUCCCUACCCAAAUCUUUUAUAUCCCAUCUGCAGUACUUCUGAUACUGGAAAACAGAAAAAUAAAAGGAUGUGUGAGCGUGGAGCCCUACAUCCUGGGGGAGUUUGUGAAGCUGUCCAAUAACACAAAGGUGGUAAAGAACGAGUACAAAGCCACAGAGUAUGGUCUGGCCUAUGGCCAUUUCUCCUACGAGUACUCCAAUGGAACAGACGUUGUUGUUGACCUGCAAGGCUGGGUGACAGGGAAUGGGAAAGGCCUCAUCUACCUCACAGACCCACAGAUUCAUUCUGUUAAUAGCAAAGAUGUUUCACGCUCUAACUUUGGGAAGAGAGGAAUUUAUUACUUCUUCAAUAACCAACACGUGGAGUGCAAUGAAAUCUGUCGUUGCCUUUCUUUAACGAGACCCUCAGUAGAGCCACCAAUGUAGACUCACACAAGAGACCCAAGCAGAAGAUGACCCAUAAGAUGGGCAGUAUUUUAUCCUACACACUUCUAGGAGCAUGUUGUCUUCAUGAGAACAGAGGCCCUCAGAUGACACUCACGUGAGUCUGGUCAGCCAUUACCUGCACCAUUUUGGGAAAGUUCUGGUCUGUGCACCCCAGCUGGUAUUGCCAUGUUACCAUCUUGUGUACCAUCUGAAAUGCUUGUUCGUAUAGCCAUCUGUCAGACUUAGCAGAAGACCACAAGAGGAAGAAGAAAGCAGCCUCCAAAAUUCAGCUAGAGGUGUGUUACAAGACUGUAUAAACAUCCAGUGCAUCAGCAGACCCAGUGAGGGCAACAGGCACCAUCUGCUCUUCGGAAAUGGAGUAGGAAACAGAGCGAGACAGAAGCAGAGACUUGUGUUUCAACCAUCUGUAAAAUUCACAGAAAGUUGUAUAAAUGCUUCAGGGAACAAAUGGUGAUGUUUUGGGUUGUUAAAAAAUAAAAACACAAUUUCUUUCAGAGGGGUAUGUACGUAUAGGUGUGACCACACAAUAUUUAAAUAGAAGGAAAUAUGGUUUUAACUGCAACGGCCAAAAAAAUCUGCUGUUCUUCAAGGAAAAAAAUACUGGUCUCAAGCCAGGAAAAACUGUACAUGAAUAAUUUAGGCCUGCUACAUUUAAGAAACUCUCAGGAGAGAGUGGAAUAGUCCUCACUUAAGAACAACACAUCUCUUCUGACUGUAACGAAACUGUGAACACCAUAAGUUUUGCGAAUGAUUCUGUAACUAAUUCCAACAAACAAUCUCCCCAGGCACGAAUG